AUGGAGGACCUCAUUCCAAUGGGCCAGUGGAAAAGUGGCGAGCGACUCAUUGUCGGCCACAACGUCAGCUUCGAUCGGUCGUACAUCAAAGAGCAGUACAACAUUGACCUCGACGGAACGCGCUUCCUCGACACGAUGAGCCUGCAUAUAGCCGUCUCAGGCCUGAACCAAGACCAGAAGAUAUUCGCCAUUCGGAAUGGCAAUCCGUGGAACUCGAUCUCAUCACUGAACAACCUCAACGACGUCUACAAGCUGUACUGCCAAACGGAGGAGAACGUCGACAAGGAUCCGCGAAAUGUAUUUGUGAAGGGCAGUCUGGCCGACGUGUAUCACAGCUUUCAGCCGUUGACUGACUACUGCUCAAACGACGUCGCCGUUACGCUAAAGAUACUAAAGUCCCUUUUUCCCACCUUUGUCGAACGCUUUCCCCAUCCAGUGACACUGGUGGGCAUGAUGGAGAUGUCCGUCAUGUACCUGCCGGUGAAUAAGCGCACCUGGAAACGCUACCUCAACGAGUCGACGUCCAUCUACGAAGAGUACAAGGGCGAGAUCAAUCAGACGCUGAAGGAGAUUGCCUGCGACUCCUGCAGCUACCUCCAAGGUGACAACUAUUUAAAGGACCCCUGGCUGUGGGACCUCGACUGGAGCACUCGUCCGGUGGGCUUCAAAAAAAGCUUUGAGCUUUCGAAAAAGCCGACGAAAUCGAAAAGUAACAGCAAUAGUAGCAGUCUGGUGGAGACGUUAAUGGACACGGCAAAGCACCUCAAGAAGAAUCAGCCCCUUUUGCCCGGCUACCCAAAGUGGUUUCUCGAGUUUUGCGAGAGCUCGCGCAACUUGAACAAACUCGACCAGGUCGACUUUGACACGAUCAUUGAGUCCAAUCAGCUGAACAUCAGUCCGAAGCUGCGUGCCAUUCCAAAGCUGCUCAAGCUCAUGUGGAAUGGCUUUCCGCUGUACCACGACAAGGUCUACGGCUGGGGGUACCUGGUGCCCGAUGAGGCGCAGCUGCUGGACGACGAGAGCCAGGCCCACUUUGGCCCAAUGGAGCAGAUGCUGGAGAUGGCAAAGGCAAAUCAGAUGGAGGUGGACCGUCUGAAACGGGAGGAGGGAAUCAAGGGCAUUGUGCCGGGGUGCCUCUUCUUCAAACUACCUCACAAAGACGGGCCAAACCGAAAGGUGGGCAAUCCUCUCGGCAAGGACUUUAUCUCAAAGAUAGCCGACGGGACACUGCGACCCUUUCUGAGCACCGUCAAGGACCUGGUGCUGCAGCAGAACAAGAUCUCCUACUGGGUGAACUCCUCGAAGCGCAUCCUCUCGCAGCUGGUCAUCGCCUACGACUCGGCCACCGGCGACGGCUGCAUUGUGCCGCGAGUCGUCGUCUCGGGCACGGUCACCCGCCGGGCGGUGGAGCCCACCUGGCUGACGGCCAGCAACUCAUACGCCGACCGACUGGGCAGUGAGCUGAAGGGCAUCAUCCAGUGCCCGCCCGGCUACUGCUACGUGGGCGCAGACGUCGACUCGCAAGAGCUGUGGAUUGCCGCACUCAUUGGCGACGCCCACUUCAGCGGCAUUCAGGGCUCCACGGGGCUGGGCUGGAUGACGCUGAGGGGCGACAAGGCGCAGGGCACUGACAUGCACAGCGUGACGGCCAACUCCAUCAACAUCAGCCGAGACGAGGCGAAGGUGCUCAACUACGCGCGCAUCUACGGCUCAGGACCGGACUUUGCCGCCCGCUUCCUUCGCCAGUCGAACCCCAAUCUGAGCGAGGAGGAGGCCAAGUCGAAGGCGAAGAAGAUCUUUGUGGAGACGAAGGGCGUCAAGAGGAGGCUCACCCACUACGAGGGCGGCGAGGCGACGAGGGUGGUGCGCCAGUGGGCGAACGGCACCGAGUCGCACAUGUUCAACAGGCUGGAGGCGAUCGCCACCAGUGAGCACCCGGAGACGCCCUUCCUUCGAGGGCGCAUCAGCCGGGCGCUGGAGCCGUCCGUCGUCGGCUACGACUUCAUGACCAGUCGCAUCAACUGGGUGGUGCAGAGCUCGGCGGUGGACUUUCUGCACAUUCUCCUGGUGUGCAUGAAGUGGCUCAUGGCCGAGUUCCAGAUUGACGGCCGCUUCUCCAUUAGCAUCCACGACGAGAUUCGGUACAUUGUUCGCGAGGAGCACAAGUACAAGGCGGCACUGGCGCUGCAGCUGUCCAAUCUGCUGGCGCGAGCCUACUUCACCUCGGCCCUCCAACUCAACGACCUCCCCGCCUCGGUGGCCUUCUUCAGCUCCAUCGAGAUUGACCAGUGCCUGCGAAAGGACGUCCACCAGGACUGCAAGACGCCCUCCAAUCCACUGGGCCUCUCCAAAGGCUACGGCGUGCCAGCGGGCGAGUCAUUGAGCAUAGCGCGACUCGUCGAGCUGCUGCAGAAUGACCUCCACUUCCAUCAAACAGAGUGCAACAAGAAACAGCCAUCGAAGGAGCGCUUGACCGUAACUGCUUCAUAA